AUGAUACUGCCAAAUUUUGGCCAAAAAAAAUUAAUUGAUAGUAUUAACUGUUUAAAAUGUAAAAUUGCAAUAUACAAAGAUGCUUACGCAACACUUAAUGGCGAAUUUGCCAUCAAUUCCAGAGUUAUUUGUCCACCUUUAGAAACGGGUCCUGAUUGGAUUCGUAAAUUUAGGAGUGGACCUGUAGUUUAUGAAUGUGACAAGGCUUAUGUAUCUGGUCACAUGAAUUCAAUUAAUUUUGGUCACUUUAUGCAUGAUUUUUUGAGUCCAUUAAUGUUAAUGCCAAAAGAUUUUCUUGAAGAAGGUGUUUUAAUCAUUCCUGAAGGCUGCAGAAAAUUUGGGGAAGAAUAUCUAGUAGCUGUUGGGGUAUAUAAAUAUAUAUACAUCGAAAAAAGUGAAUGGGUUCAUGCCCAAAAACUUGCAGUUGCCGUAGAUCCAAGACCACAUAAUUCUCACUUCGGAUUACCUAUUCAAAUGUUGAUAGACAAGCUUAAAGAUUGCUUUGAUAUAAAGGAUAUUGUUCCAACAAGAUACGUCCUGAUGAACAGAAAAAAAUCAUAUGAUAGAUAUAUUGAAAAUUUUGAUGAAGUUGUAAAAAAAGUCAAAGAGCAAAUAACUGACAUAAAUUUCGAAGUUCUAGAAGAUCCAAAAGGUUCAAUAGCUGAUUAUUCAAAGAUAUUUCCUUCUAUAAAAUUUUUAUUCUCUCCUAAAGGAAGUAACUGCAUCAAAUCAUUAUUUAUGAGUCCUGGAACUGUUGUAACAAUAGCAGCGGCCGAUAUGUUUGAUUAUUCAGUUGUUUCUUUCAUUCUUUCUUUAGAUAUCAAACUCGUUUAUUUUACUAAUCCUGGCUCCAAUUACGACUGCUUUGAUUGUGAUAUUGAUCUUACAAUUGAUGCUAUAAAAGCUGGUGUAUAUUGUUUGAAGAACGGAAAAUGGCCCCAGCCUGAGAAAGAUGUUUCAUUUAUUGAUUAUGUGAAAUAA